CAACAAAAUGCGGACUUCAUACACAUGCAGACAAUGUCUGUCGCUUCUGAAGACCUCCCGAUCGCAAUUGAGGCCCUCGCAGCCCUUCCGACCGCUCACCCAAAAUGUUUCUACGCAGCGGAACCACUCCACCAAAGGACCAGCAAACCCGAAACUCGCAUUGCCAAAAAGAGCGCUCUCUACGACGCCUAACCGGAAGUUUGAUAAGCCAUUCGAGCCGUAUGAAUACAUCGACCCCGAGGGUAUUCGUCGGACAUUGGUCCUGACGGAAGACAACCUGUUCAACUCUUUCACCGACUCGCCAAUACCUCAAAUACGCAAGCGGGCUGCGUUUAUGCGACAACAUGCAUACUGCCCGCAUCCUUCGCAUAAGCCGACACGCGCGCCUCAUAAUUCUAUGGACCUCGAAGCCCGCAAGUCAUCCGAGACAGGUACCCCGCCAGCCCACGUAGACUUCGAAUGCCCAGACUGCGGAAUCCCGGUAUAUUGCUGUGAAGAGCAUUGGGCGGACGACUAUGAGGCACACUUAGAGGUCUGCGACGUCCUGCGACAAUCGAAUGAGGACGACCAUGAUUUGCGCAGUGGAAGGUUCUUCAAGGAAUUCCAAUUUGCCGAGCCGCAGAUGGAGGAGAUCUUGGUCAACAUGACCAGUUGGGACACGUAUCUGUACACGAGAGACUUCGAUGCGCUGAACCGGGACCGCGAGAUGCGACAGGCGACGAAGCUGUUGACAUACCCAAUCACGAUUGCCAGCGUCUUGAACGAGUUGAGCCCGUACAAUCUCAGGAAGAAUGGCCGGAUGACACCGGAGGGCUUGAAGAGCUUCAGUGCGCUACGACACACUCUCCAUCCACCACGAACUGGAGGCGGCGACACUUGGAAGAACGCCAAGCUCGCCCCUCCCUCCGUACGCCUCUUCAUCCUCGGUGCUCGUGCUGAGUCCUCUCUGCCUCGCGAGACAUGGAUGCAACUUGCAUACCUCUUCCACCGCGUCCAAUUCACGAUAAACUUCAUCGGUCCCGAGAGCAUGGCGAACCGUGAAAAGGAACUGCCACUUCCCGAGCGCACACCUCUGAACCCCUUCGGCGCCGUCACCGAAGACCGCAUAUCGAAUGCCAUGAAGAUCAGUACUUUCGUCGAACACUACCACACCUUGCACAAGUCUGGACACUUCUACCCAUACGACCCGUACUUUGACUGCUUUGUCGUUUUCCACCCAGGAUUCGGCAACCCAGCUGGGAUGCACGAGUGGGAAGAGACGAUCCCGCUUCUUCUAGAGACAAAGGUUCCGAUCAUCGCGACAGGAUACAGCCCGUGGGACAUGCAGCAAGACAUCGACCUUCUGAACAAGCGGUACGGGAACGAGAUUGACAUGCUGCUGGAGCCUGGCGAGAAUCUCUUCCGGAGCUUGAGAUGGGACCUGAAUGACCUCGACCCGCAUGAUGUGACUUGUAGCAACUGGGGCGUAUAUGCUUUCCGAGGAAAGAGAUACGAGACUACGAAGAAAGAGCCAGAGGAAGAAGUACAUAGCGAGCGCACCGCGUAGGUAUAUUUAUAGGUAUGUAACAU